AGGUUUUCUUGAAACAGAGGGAAGCAGUAGCAAAAAGAAAUCAAAUAUAAUUAGAUAUAGGAACAGAUCCCCAUGGGAAGGUCUCCUUGUUGUGAUGAGAAUGGCCUUAAGAAAGGACCCUGGACUCCUGAAGAAGAUGAAAAGCUUGUUCAAUACAUCCAAAAACAUGGCCAUGGAAGUUGGAGAGCCCUCCCUAAACUUGCAGGUUUUUAUUUACAAACCCACCUCUCUCUCUCUCUCUCUCUCUCUCUCUCUCUAGGCUUUUCUUUAUUACAAUCUUUUAUUUUCUUGGCAGGUCUUAACAGAUGUGGCAAGAGCUGUAGGUUAAGAUGGACAAAUUACUUGAGGCCAGAUAUCAAGAGAGGGAAAUUUUCUCAAGAAGAGGAGCAGUCAAUUCUACAUCUCCAUUCCAUACUUGGAAACAAAUGGUCAGCUAUUGCGACGCACCUACCAGGCCGGACUGACAAUGAAAUCAAGAAUUUCUGGAACACACAUUUGAAGAAGAAGCUGAUUCAAAUGGGUUUUGAUCCAAUGACCCAUCAACCAAGAACUGACCUCUUUUCCAGCUUGCCCCAUCUUUUAGCCCUUGCUAACCUUAGAGACCUGAUGGUGGAUCAUCACCCAUUAGAUGAACAAGCUAUGAGAUUACAAGCAGAAGCUGUGCAGUUGGCUAAGCUUCAAUACUUACAGUAUCUUCUCCAAUCCGCGGCUCCAAUAACCACCAACUCGUAUGGCCAAAAUGACAUCACAGACAUGGAGGCUCUUAAUUUGUUGAGCUCAAUUCCUGAUUUCAAAGAAAACCCAGUUUUAAAUUCGUCAAAUGUGGAGAAUUCAUCCUCAUUUUCUCCUGGAAAUACUACCUUUCAACCACUCCACCACCCAAGCUUAUUAGCUCACUUGUCAGACCCACAAGUCCCUUUCAAUUUUCAGACUUCUUUGAAUAGUGAGAUGGGUCAAGGUUGUAACUUUACAAUGGUCAGCCAAGGAGAUAACCCACAUGAUGACUCGUCUUUGGUUUUCCCAUUUCCCACUCCUGUUAUUUCAACUAUGACUGAUGAUAUGUCUUUAAGCAAUCCUGGAGAUGCUAGUAGUAGUACCUCUAGCUAUGGUGGAGCUUCGUCAUUUUGGCCUGAACUAUUUUUUGAAGAUCCUAUUAUGCAUGAAAUUUCUUAGUUAAUUCUUUCAUUUUGAACUGUUUGGAGUUGCAUCACCCUUCUAUGUUUGUAAACACCUUUUUUUCUUUUUCUUGGUUUUUGUUUUUUUAUUUGAGUGUUAUGUUUGUUGGUUGUAAACACUUAAUGCCUGCAGAUAGACACAUCAACCGCAUGUGUACACAAAUACAUCUCUAUGCAUGUAUAUGACACAUAUAUACAUCUUAUCUUUCAAUAUAUAGUCUUCGGAUAGUAUGAUUGUACUAGUUUAA